AUGUCUGCCCCCCACACCCAGGGCUGCCUGCAAGGGCAGCUCAGCAUGGCCCCAGCACAACUCCGUAGGGAGCCUGGAGUAUCCUUCCAUUUCUCAGCCAAAUACUCAUCUUUUGAGACUGAAAUCACACCGGCGGGAAUGAAGAUUGUGCCAGCCUUCUCUUAUGGGCACCUAGCUGCCUUCACCUUCUUCCUCUACCCCUUAGCAGGAAUAGGGUGUCCUCCCUUCUUUCAAAGCACUUUGCUUGCAUUUUAUUUUAUUUUUUUAAGAGUCCUUCAUAGAGCUCAGUCAGGAAGGGGAUGGGGCACCAAGCCAAGCCCCCAGCAUUGGGAGCGGCCAGGCCACAGCUGCUGCUCCCGUAGUCCUCAGGCUGUAAGCAAGAGACAGCACUGGCCCUUGGCCAGUGUCCUACCCUGCCCAACUCCAAGGACUGGGUAUGGAUCGCUGGGCCCUAGGCUCUUGCUUCUGGGGCUAUUGGAGGGUCAGUGUCUGUUACUGAAUAAAGUUCCAUUUUGUGGUCCUGCAGCCUCUUUCUGUGACAGAGAAUGGCUUUGCGCUGCCCCCAGCAAAAUGGUAAUGAGAGUAGGUAGGCCAGGGCUACCAACGGGAGAUGCAGUUUAUUUACACCAGCAGCCAUGGGGGCAGAGGGAAUACACAGCGUUUACAAAGUUAGCUACCUGUACAGAAUGGAUUACAUAUGCAAAAAUAAAAAUCUCAAGACCACAGGACAGCGUGAGCCCCACCCCCCUCCCCCAAUGA